UAUGACCUAAUCAUACUUGAAGGUCAAGACAUUGCAAAGUCUCUUAUUGACUAUGUUUCACUAUACAGAGUUCAAAAUUUGAUACUUGGUUGUCCAUCAAAGAAUGGGAUUUCAAGACUUUUCACUAAAAGUGAUGUUGCAAAUACUGUAAUGAAGAAGGCACCAAGUUUUUGCAAUAUUUACAUAGUUUCCAAAGGGAUGAAAAUCAGUUCUACAAGAAUGGCUUCUCAUCCGUUGAAACGGAGAUCCUCGAAUCCUAGCAUACGAGUCCCACCACAACGCAAUUCCAACUUUGAUGCAACUAAUUUAAUGUCUCCGUUUCCGAGGGUGAGUAUAUCAACAAACAAGACAUCAGAUGAGGUUUAUGUGGCAAAAGCUGAUAAUUCAUUUUCAGGUUCUGAUAGAAUGAGCACAGAUAGUACUUUGUUCCUGGAUUGUUAUGAUAAUUUAGGAAGUGAAGUUCAUUCUCAUCAUCCCUCAGUAUCUAUGGACAGCAAAAACGUUGGAGAGCCUACGAGGUUGUCUGGUUUUGGUCCUACAAGGUUGGUUGAUCAUAUGCAUUCCACAAAUGACUUUCUACUAUCUGAACAGAAAUGUGAAGAAAAUUCAUUGUCCUCCGAUAAAAUUGUAAGCUUCAAACUUCUUUCACCUCUGCACUUUUGGUCUCUGUCAAGUAUUUAA